AUGAGCGCCCUCAACAAGAUCGCUGCAAAUAGCACCUCGAGGCAGAAUCCAUCUGAGCUCGAAACUAGCAUUGCUGGUGCUCUCUACGACCUGGAGGUAAACACCGCCGACUUGAAAGCCGCCCUCCGGCCUUUGCAAUUCGUUUCUGCAAAAGAAAUCGAAAUCAACAACGGCAAGAAGGCUAUUGUCAUUUUUGUCCCCGUCCCUUCUCUUCUAGGAUUUCACCGCGUGCAACAACGUCUUACGCGCGAGCUUGAAAAAAAAUUCUCGGAACGUCACGUUCUUAUACUCGCAUCUCGUCGCAUUUUGCCUCGUCCUAAAAGAUCAAAUCGCUCGAGAACUUCGCUCACACAAAAAAGACCCCGAUCCAGGACCCUAACAGCUGUCCAUGACGCUAUUUUAAAUGACCUAGUUUACCCAGUUGAAAUUGUCGGAAAGCGUCUACGUACUAAAGAAGACGGUAGUAAAAUCAUGAAGGUAAUUCUGGAUGAGAAGGAAAAAGGUGGCGUUGAUCACCGAUUGGAUACAUAUUCCGAAGUAUACAGGAAACUGACUGGCCGUGGUGUCAAUUUUGAGUUUCCUCAGGGUAGCGCUGAUUAUUAG